AAAAUUUGUAAACAAAGCAAAGGCAGAAAAAUGUAAUAAAAAUUGGAAAAAACGAUUAAAAAAGCCAAAAAUAUCGACGAAAAUAAUUUUAUGAGCAACGCUUUAGGGCGUUUCGAAGCAAAAGUUUCCUGAAUCAUGCAAAAUAGUGAGCCAAGGGAGUUUUCGGUUGUCGAGAUGAAUAACUCAAGUAGCGUUUUGCACAAAAUAGCGAACCUUUAUGCGGAACAGUUGAUGUCGGAUUUGAUCAUAAAGGUUGGAAAUAACACGUAUCCCGCUCAUCGAGUCAUUUUGUGUGCAAGUAGCGAAGUGUUUCAAGUCAUGUUGAUGAAUCCCGAAUGGAAUGAAUGGAGCAAAACGGUUAUUGAGUUGAAAGAGGAUCCUGUGUGUUAUCCCGUCUUCCCCAGUUUCCUCGAGUACUUGUACAAAGGCAAAAUAAAUGUGUCGCUCGACACUUGUCUCCCCAUUUUAUCGCUCGCUGACAAAUACAACAUCAAGGAUUUGGUUCAGCUGUGUCUGGAUUACAUGUUUAAGCACAUCGCAGCCGCAGCGAAACACGGUUGCUUCAUUUCGUGGCUCAGUUAUGGAUGGUGUCAACCUUUUCAUCGCGAUCUCGCCGAAGAAUUACAACGUUUCCUCAAAUGGAACUUGAAAAUAGUCGCUGACUCCAAAGAUUUCCUCGAUCUCGACAUCAACAUUCUCAUUAUGUUGCUUCAGCAGAACGAUCUUGUCAUCGAAAGUGAAUUUCUGCUCUUUGAAUAUGUGCAAAAAUGGGUGUUGGCACGUCAAGAACAAAUUUUCACGGAAUAUUCGCUCGCUGAUGAGGAAAAACGACGUGAAGUUGCUUACAUUACGGAAACCGUGAUGAAACACAUUCGUUUUCCGAUGAUGUCGCCCGCCGAAGUUUCGCACAUUUUACAAGAAGAACCCGUUGCCAAACAAAAUCCGAAACUUUUCAUGGAAUUCGUUACGCAUGCCAUGAGUUUCCAUGCCGGAUUCGAUUCAAGCAAAUCCCAUUCGGCAAAUGACUUGAAAUACACUCCGCGUCUCUACACAAGCGAUCAAUUCUGCGUGAGCAUCGUUGUUCCUGAAUUCGAAAAAGUCGAAGAUUACAAAAGCAUCGCUUCCAACUUUUUCUCGCAAGUUUCGUUACAAGAAUCGCAACAAACGGAUCAAACCAUCGCAUGGGAAAUUGAUUUUUUUCCUCGUGGCGUGAGAUUCAACGCUGCCAAACUCAUCAAUAUCUACGCAACAGCCGAUAUUCCCGAAACGAUCCUCAAAACGGUGCGUUGUCGAAUCACAUGUCGCGAAAAACUCACGGAAGACAAGAAAUUCAUGAUUGGAGUUUUAAUUACGGGCAUUCAAGGAAGGAUCCCGUAUUGCAAGACAGUCUAUGUGAGAGUUCAGUAUUUUUCGCAGGAGGAAAAUGUCUUGAUUAUCGACAAUUUAUUGCCAUAUGAAGAGCUCGAACUGAGUUCUGUCAACUUGAGCCCCUAUCUGGUCAGCAACAAUCGCGAUACUCUCGAUUUGUCAGUCAUCAUUAUUCCGUUGAGUGAUUUGUCGUGCAGCGUCGCUCCCAAAUUCGAGAUUGAUUAACUAGAAAUUACAAAUUUGCACAUGUUUAUUAAUAAAAAUUGAACUAAAACUUUUAAAAA